UCUAAAAUUUUCUGACUCGUCAUUUGUGUUGUGUGUUGUGCGAAACGCCAGCAAAAGGCGAUUGCAAAGAGAGCGAUGUGUGGUGCACAUAUACGUUAAACGUUGAAAAUGUGCUGCAGUGUGUGUGUGUCAUUGCCAAAGCAACAACGUUAACGUUUACGUUUAAAUAAAUAAAUUGUGAAAGAAAAGCAGAGAACGAGAGGAAAAUAUAAUUAAAUAUUUAACCGAAAGAGCAACAAAUACAAAAUAAAAGCGAAUCAACAGCAAUAACAACAACAUCAAAGAGGAGGAGGAGAAGGAGUAAAGAAGAAGCAGUAAACCGUUCACUUUGUGUAUCUCUGCGUCCCUGUCUCUCUUACAGUUUGUGUGUGUUCGUCUCUGCGUUCGCGUUCGUGUUCGUAUCUGUGUGUUCGUCCGCCAGUGCCUCUAUGUGUAGUUGUGUAUGUGUGCAUAUUCUGUCGGAGCAGAAUCAAUAAAAAAGUAUAAAGUAUAAAAAUUCAAACCGCAAAUGUGCAAAAUACCAGAGAGACAGUAGUAGUUAUCCAUUACAAAAUAAAACACACACAUUUGAGAAAAUGAGGUGCUGCUGCCGUGGAAACAAGAAAAGCCAAGAACUAUGACGCAUCAAAACCAUCAGACGAAUGGCGCUAGUUUGGAGGAUUGCCAUACAAACUUUUAUGCCCUGACUGAUUUAUGUGGAAUAAAAUGGCGGAAGUUCGUCAAUGGGGAACGGCCGAAUGCGUCGAGCGAUCCGUUGGCCGAUCCCAUACUACGCUCCUACUCGCGGUGCAUCCAGGCGGACAUGCUAUGUGUGUGGCGCCGGGUGCAGUCCCACAAGCCGGACAACACCGAUCCGAAUGCCUUAACCUUUGAGAUUACCACAUCGACCAAGGUCCACCCGCCCCUAUCGCUGGCCGCCGCCAAGGAGCUGUGGAUAUUCUGGUACGGAGAGGAGCCCGAUCUCAGUGACCUGGUCGACCCCGAAUUGCUGAGAGUAGCUGCCAAUCAAGCGCUUUGGAAUGGCACCUGGAAGGGCGCGCUCACGUACGAGUGCCGCUCGCUGCUCUUCAAAGCGCUGCACAAUCUGAUGGAAAGAUUUGUGCUCACCAAGGACAUUGUGCGCUUUGGCAAAUGGUUUGUGCAGCCCUGCACGUCGAGCGAUCGUCUCUUUGGACGCAGCUCCCAGCACCUGUCCUUCUCCUUCACGUUCUUCGUGCACGGCGACACGGUGUGCGCCUCCAUCGACCUGCGAGAGCACCCCGCCGUACGACCCCUGACCAAGGAGCAUCUGGCCGAGGCGGCAGCAGCCUUUACCGCAGCCAGCUCCAGCAGCCAGUCGGGCUCGGGUUCGGGAGCGGGAUCCAACUCUGGGGCCGGCCCAGGCCAGAACCAGACACCGGAAUCGAAUGGAACCAGCGGAACGGAACCAAAUGAGGGCACCGAGGCGAAGGCCGUGCCGCCGGCGCAUGCGCGCAAGGUGAUGCUGGCCCCCUUUGGCAUUGCGGCCAUCCUCACGGGCAAUAGCUACAAGGCCAACGACCCCGUGGCCGAGAAGAUCCUGGAGGACUGGGCCUCGUUCUUUCCGCUGUGCAAUAAGGACAACACGGACGUGCCGCCCGUCGUGGAGGUGGUGUCGGGUGGCCAUAAGAUGUACCAUCCUACGAAUUACGUACUAGUCACGGAUCUGGACGACAUGGAGCACCUGGAAUUCGCGGAACUGCAGAGGGCCAGUGCAGGGGUAGCGUCAGGGGCCGAGGCAGCUGUCCUCUCCUCGCUCUCCUGUCCGCCAGCUGCAUCUGCAGGUACGCCACCCGGUGCCGCACAGGCCAAGGAUGGCGCCGCCUCGCGGAAGUCUGUGCCCCAGGCCGUCAGCGCUUUGGAGCGCCUCUCCUUCCAGCCCUACUACGACCAACGCCCGACUUCGGGCUUCUCCUUCAACACCCACAAUACUCAUAUACCUGCCGCAGCGGCCGUGGAGAUGCCGGAGCGUGCGUGGCAGGACUGCGUCAUGAAUACCCUUCAUGUGGACGCGGCGACAGCUGCGGCGGCAUCAGGAUCUUCAGCGUCUGCGUCUGCAUCAGGCGUUCCGGAUGAGGAUGAGCAGAACAAGCCUCCGGCGGACUCGAAGCAGUUGGUGCAGCAGCAGAUCCAGCAGCAACAGCAGCAGCAGCGUCAGAAGCUGUGGAACUUUGUGGAUCCCAUGCAGAAGGCGCCCUGUAUAUGCACCAACGCCCAAUGCAGCAGCAGCAAGCGUCAGCAGCAGCAGCAGCACCAGCAGCAGCAGCAGCAACAGUCUCUCUCUCAGCAGCCGCUGGGCUCUCCGGCUCUGCGUGCUGCCGUAGGAGCUGUCGGAAGCAGCUCCAAGUCGUCCUUCCAGCAUCAUUACCAACAGCAGCAACAGCAGCGUCCCGGAACACCAGCCGCGGCAGCAGCAGCAGCCGCUUUGGCAGCAGCAGCAGCAACGCAUCAUUCCAACAACAACACCACCACAACCUCUUCUUCUUCUGCUUCCACCACCAACACCUUAAACUUGAAUUCGAACUCUUCCUCUGCCCCAAGGCGCCACAAUGUGCCGUUCCACAAGCGUUUACUCAAUACGCUGACGCAGUCGUCGUCGUCGUCCUCGGCAGUCGUCGCCGCCAGGUACAAGGCGGCAACAGACACCAAUACACCAAAAGCAAGACACCUGUGCAGCACGCCGCACGGGACACCGCAUGGCGGCGCCUCCACGUACUCACGCAACUCCCUUGGCGGCGAUUCGUCGUUGCCGGUGGCCUCCGUGGGAUCACCCGCCACGCCAGCGCCCUCGCCCCAUCCGAAUUCGGCGCAUUCGCAGCCCACAUCCGUGCCGCCCGCAGAGCAACUUCUCAACAUGAGCCCCCAUGCGCCCACGUCCGUUUCGAAUCUGCAGCAGCCGCCGACGCCCAUCGACCAUCUGCUGGACAAGAACACGCCAGCGCCGACGCCCACGGACCAGCACGACAACAAGAGCAUCACCGCCUCGCCCUAUGUACAUCAGACGCCCAGCGUGGAGCCGCCCUCCUACACGGACCAUGCGGCGGGUACUGCGACGUCGCAGUCCCUCAAUGCCGGACCCGGCAGCGUGCCGCCCCAGCAGCAGCAGCCACCAACGCCCACAGCGGGCGGUACACUGACGGCGAGCGGUGCCAAUGCAUCCGCCUCAGGAGCCGCCUCAGGGCCUGCGGGAACACAGGGCGGAGCAGCCACGACGACGACGAUGCAGUGCGGCACCAUUAGCGUAAAGAAACUGGAGAUGCAGCAGCAGGCACCGGCAGCACAUCAGAUACCCAUCAAGCCAGAGCCCGGCACGGUGCGGGGGACCACAGUGACGUCCACCACGGACGCCAUCAACAAUCUGCUGAGCUUGUACAAGCCGCCAAAGCUGAAGCUCAAGGAUCCGGACAGCUUCUACGACGAUGAGUGGCUGAAGGAGGUCAUCUAUGACUUUCAAUUCCAGGAGAACUGGGACUACCUGCCCGUGAAGCGGCCAAAGAUGGAGGAGACGUCCAAGCAGCGAAGGCCGCGGUAUGCCAAGAACCUCUACGAGGGUCACACGCACGUCAAGCCGCUUAUGCCCUCGCCCGGAGCCGUCUACGGCUCUCAGCUGCUCUCCCUCGACGUACAGGCAGCAGCCAGCGGAGGCGCAGGAGGUGGCAGCAGUUCUAGCGGUGGCCUCGUUGGCAUUGCCAACAGCACGGCCAACGGCAGCGAUGCGGAGGCCGAGGGCAGCAGCUUCUUCCACGGACUGGACAUCAAAACAGAGCCGGGACUGCAUUCGCCGUCGUGCAAGGAGACCAAGUCAUCGUCGGGCGGCACCACAGGAGCCAGCAGCGGCGGUGGAGGGAAUCUCUUCACCGCCGAGGGCCUCAAUCCCUCGCUGAACGACCUGGAGCAGCUGUUCGAGACGAGCUCCAACGAUGAGUGCAGCAGCGUGCAGAUCCAUACGCCGCCCGACUCCAACAAUCCCUCGAACGGCGGCUGCAGUGCCGUGACCAACACCAUCGACGAGCUCAAGCGGAGCACAGCGGUGGCCAGUGCUGUGGUGGCUGCCGCAGCAGCAGCCGCAGCCGUGGCAAGCUCGGGGGCUGGCAAUAUCCAGGCGGAGGAUCUCACCAAAAUGUUUCCCACGCCGCCCUCGCACGAGCAGCAGCACCCGAACUCGAGUCCCUGCCAGACGGAUGUGGUGAUGACGGAUCUCAGUGUGGACACCAGCAGUAUUAUGGCAGCGGCUCCGCCCAUUCAGGUGCCAGCGGCGGUCAUUGCUGCCGCUGCUGCGGCCGCCUCUGCCUCUGUGACGACGGUGGCCACUGUGGUGGCCUUGAGCACGCAAUCAAGCCUGAAGCUGGUCAAGCAGGAGUACAACGUGGAGCUGGGCAGCCCCCUGGAGGAGCCCAUCGAUGACUGGAACUACGUGUACCGGCCGCCGCAGCAGGAGAAGUUUGUGGGAUCGUCGCGCUAUGCGCCGCUCACGAAUCUGCCCAGCCAGACACUGCCGAGCAUCGCAAUGCCCGCCAAGUGCUACUACAAGCCCACCUGGAGCACCCACAAGUCGCGGGCGGCCACCCUGGCGAAGGCAGCCGCCGCCCAGCAGCAGCAGCACCAGAAGCAUCAGGCCCUCCAGCAGCGCAUCCAGCUGCACCAGCAGAAGCUCCAGCAGCUGCAGCAUCAGCACCAACAGCAGCAGCAGGCGGCGGCGGCUAGUCAUGCGCACCAGAAGCACCAGCAGCUGCACGAACUGUUGUCGGCGGCGCCGAGGACACCGCAGACGGCCAUGCCCUCACCCUCCACCGUGCCCCAGCCGCUGAGCAGUGGCGGCAGCCAGUUGCUGCUCAAUCAACUGAACUGCCCCCAGGCGCCGCCCGGCAGCUCCAUGCAGCAGCUGAUGCAGCGGGCGGGCAUGUCACCCAUGUCCCCGGGACCUGGCGGUGUGGUGGUGCCCUUCCCGCGCAGCAGUCCCAUGCUGCGGCAGACGCCCACCCAUCCGCCGCCACCAUAUCCAUAUGAUUUGGGCGUGGCCAGUCCGGCUACGUCCACAUCCUCGUACUUGAAUCGGCAGCUCAAUUCGCAGGAGGCGCAGCCGCAUCCGCACACGCCGCAGAGCGUGCACCACAUGCAGACGGGCAUGCACGGGGGAGGAGGAGGAGGAGGAGGCGGAGGAGGCGGCGGCAUGGGAUCAUUAUCGGGCGCAGGAGGAGCGGGCCACCACCACAUGGGCCACAUGUUGCCCUACACUGGCGAUGCGGGCAUUGCCAGUGGGCCAGCGUCAGCGGUGGCGGUGCCCUCCGGUCUGCUGCAGGAGCUGCCCGAAGUCAAUUCGGUGCUGGUGAACAUCCUGCUGUACGACACGGCGCUGAAUGUCUUCCGGGAUCACAACUUCGACAGCAGCAGCGUCUGCGUGUGCAAUGCGGACACCCAGAAGAUCGGCAACAUACGCGGUGCCGACUCUGGCGUGUACGUUCCCCUGCCGGGUGUCAGCUUCAAUCCGUUUCCCGCACAUUCCGCCAAUGUGGCGGCCACGGCCGGCCAGAGGCUGCUCAACGGGCCCAGCUCCUCGUCCUCAUCGGCCGCCUCGUUUGGUGGUGGCCUAAGGAUGAUCAGUGCCUUUGGAGGAUCGCCCGCCUCCACGUCGAUGCCCGGAGCUGGCUCCGGGCACGGCCACGGGCCCAAUGGCGGCUCCAACUCCUCCUCAUGCACGCCACCCAGCAGCAAUCCGCACAUCACCGGCUACGUGGACGACGAUCCCGUGGAGUGCACCUGCGGCUUCAGUGCCGUCGUCAAUCGGCGGCUCUCGCAUCGUGCAGGACUCUUCUACGAGGACGAGGUGGAGAUUACGGGCAUAGCCGACGAUCCGGGCCGGAAUAAGCAGCCCUCGCUGCUCAGCCUCAUCCAGAGCCUGUGCCGCAAGAAUCCGACCAAGGCGACGGCAGGGCCCGGCGACACGAGCAGCUCCUCCGCUCUGGAAAAGGUCACGGGAGCGGCGGCGGCAGCGGCGGGCGCCGGGCAGCUGGAACAUCUCGCCCAUGCCAUCUUUGACCUGCUGCUGGACCAGUGCUCCAUCAUCCAGACAUCCAGCAGCUCUGUGCAUCGCGCCCUGCAGUCCCACCGCCGACGCAUGUCACGGCAGCGACGUCUCUUCGGCACUGGCGGUGCCCCGGCCGCCUCAAUGGCCUCCAUCGCCAAUGUCCUGGAGUUUAUGGAUGCCCACGAUGUGAUCAGCCUGGCGCUGGAGCAGGCCCGCAUGGCCUUUGAGCACCAGCGCAUGGACAAUAUGCUGGAAUUCCACGGAAACUCGAGCCAGCAGCUGACCGCCUUCCAUGCCCAUCCGCCCGCCCUGCGCCAGAAGCUGUCGAUCCUCGGCAGCGGCCGCCUCACUGUCCACAAGUGGCCGUAUCUGCCCGUGGGCUUCACGCGCAGCAACAAGGAGAUUGUGCGCACCAUGAACUCCAUUCAGCCGAUGCUGCAGAACGCCUUCCACUGCAAGUCGCGUGGCGGAGCGGCAGGCUCCAAGGAUGCCAGCUCCUACAAUACGGUCAGUGGGCCGCUCACGUGGCGCCAGUUCCAUCGCCUGGCGGGUCGAGCCUCCGGACAGUGUGAGCCACAGCCAAUACCCUCGGUGGUGGUGGGUUACGAGAAGGACUGGAUAUCGGUGGCGCCGCACUCGAUCCACUACUGGGACAAGUUCCUGCUGGAGCCGUACUCCUAUGCCCGGGACGUGGUCUACGUGGUGGUGUGUCCGGACAACGAGCAUGUGGCGGGAUGCACGCGCAGCUACUUCCGUGAGCUGAGCAGCACCUACGAGAUGUGCAAGCUGGGCCGGCACACCCCCAUCCGCGGCUGGGAGGGCAUCCUGCAGGUGGCCGCCACCCGCAAUGUGCCGCCCGAGCGAGAGCAGACACCACUGGACGAAUGGCUGCGUACCCUCGAUCAUCCGCUUGCGGAGCAGAUUCGUCGCUAUGCGGUGGCCUUCCUCCACCAGCUGGCGCCGUAUCUCAGUCGCGUGCCCAGCGACAAGACGCUGCUCAAUCCGCCCGAUGGCAGUGGCAGUGGCAGUGGAGGACACUCUACCAAAGGUAGCCACCAUUCUGGCGGCUCUGGCACGGAUCCACUGCACAGCGAUCCCAUCAAGCAGGAGCCGGGCACGGAGGCGCCAUUGCCGGCAGCUCCCACUCUGGACAACAGCAACAGCAACCAGCAGGACAGCAAGGACGGCGUAAAGGGAGCCGGUGGUGGUGACGCCAAGCCAGCCCUGAUACUGGGCGAUCCCCUGGGCGUGGGCGAGACGCUGGAGGACAUCAAUCCAGUUGCCAUAGUCCUGUACGUGGUCAAUCCCUUCACCUUCGCCUCGGACAGCUGCGAACUGGAGCGCCUCGCUCUGAUUGCUCUGCUCCGCUGCUAUUCGGAGCUGCUGAAGGCCGUGCCGGACUCGGUGCGCGCCCAGAUGAACAUCCAGAUCAUAUCCCUGGAGUCGGUGAUGGAGCUGGGGCCGUGCGGCAAUCGCAAACGCUUCUCGGACGAGAUCAAGUGCCUGGCCUUGAACAUAUUCUCACAGUGUCGCCGGCAUCUGGUCCAUGCGCAGUCGGUGAAGAGUCUCACGGGCUUUGGCACGGCCGCCAACAUGGAGGCGUUCCUGAAGACCAAGGACGAACCGAACCGACGGGCCUACAAGAUGUACACGGCGCCCUUUGUGCUGGCGCCCAUGUACGAGCGGACGGACAAGACGGACUUCUCGCGCUCAGCGGGCAGCAUGCAUGGCCAGAACGAGCAUCGCUACUCGGUGAUGUACUGCAACUAUUGCCUCAGCGAGGACCAGGCCUGGCUGCUGGCCACCGCCACCGACGAGCGCGGCGAGCUGCUCGAAAAGGUGUGCAUCAACAUCGAUGUGCCGAAUCGCGCCCGUCGUCGCAAGGCCCCCGCCCGCUUUGUGGCUCUCAAAAAGCUGAUGGACUUUGUCAUGGGCAUCAUCUCGCAGACGUCGCAAAUGUGGCGGCUGGUCAUCGGACGCAUUGGCCGCAUCGGCCACAGCGAACUGAAGUCGUGGAGCUAUCUGCUGAGCAAACAGCAGCUGCAGAAGGCCUCCAAACAGUUCAAGGACAUGUGCAAGCAAUGCACCCUCAUGUAUCCGCCCACCAUCCUAAGCGCCUGCCUUGUCACCCUCGAGCCGGAUGCCAAGUUGCGCGUGAUGCCCGAUCAGUUUACGCCCGACGAACGCUUCUCCCAGAUCUCCAUGCAGAAUCCGCUCUCCACGCCGCAGGAUGUGACCUGUACCCACAUUCUGGUCUUUCCCACGAGUGCUGUCUGUGCGCCCUUUACCCGCCAGUUCCAGAACGAGCCCCAGGUGGAUGAUGAUUUUCUCACCUUUGAAGAGGAGGGAAAUGAGGACUUUAGCGAUGCGGACAUUGGGGAACUCUUCUGGGGAGACACACACAUGGAUCGGGUGUCGAAUCAUGGCAGUCCAGGGCGCAUGGAGGACAAUCGCAGCUGGCAGAGCGCUGGAGGCAACAAUUUCAAAUGCACCCCGCCCCAGGAAGUGGAGGAGGUGGGAUCCCUCAAUCAGCAGCCCAUAUCGGUGGGCUAUAUGGUCUCAACGGCGCCGACGGGCCGCAUGCCAGCCUGGUUUUGGUCUGCCUGUCCGCAUUUGGAGGAAGUGUGCCCCGUCUUCCUGAAAACGGCACUCCAUCUGCAUGUGCCGAACAUACAGAUAGCCGACGAUAUUCUCAAUUCUACGAAUGCCCAUCAGUCGGCGAAUGACCAUCCGCUGGACUCCAGCCUGACGGCGGAUGUGCUACGCUUCGUACUGGAGGGAUACAAUGCCCUCUCCUGGCUGGCCCUCGACUCCAAUACGCACGACCGCCUCUCCUGUCUGCCCAUCAAUGUGCAGACACUAAUGGAUCUGUACUAUCUGACGGCAGCCAUAGCCUAAGGACCGACCCUCACAGAAUGAAAGACCGAAAGAUCGAAAGACCAUUUCACAAUCUUCAAUCAAACGCAGUCGCAUGCUUCCGUUUGCUAUACUUCCACUAGCUAUACAUACUCCUUAUAAUCCACAACAACUCCAUAAACUCCAAGAAAAAACUCCAACUCCAAACCACAAACAAAAGAAUAACAUAAAGCAAUUAACAAAGAAUCGAAGUUAACAGAAUCAAAACACCAAGAAAGCAACAGCAGCAGCAGCUGCAGCUGCAGCAGCAACAACCAUUAGCCUUAGAUGAAAUUAGAAGACGAGUAUAAACAGAAACAAAUGUUGAAGCAACCAGCAACAGCAACGCACAGAUUACUUAGCAUUACUUAACCGGAGAGCCUUGUAACACAGAACGAUAAAGGUACAGGGAGGAUACCGAGAGAGAGAGAAAUCAGCAGCAGCAGCAACAACAGAAGAUAGAGAGGAGGAGUAGAGAGUUACCCAUAAGUCUUGAACAGCAACAGCAUUACUAUUUAUUAAACUAUUGAGAAUUGUCAAGUGUAAAGUGUAAAGUGUAGACAAAGUGUCAAAAAUGUCUGACGAUUGCAAGAUUGUUUGUUUUUAACACCUAUAUUAUUUUUUAUACAUAUACAUAGGCCUGGGCGUUCGAUUAGUGUUUAAUAUUUAUAAAUAUACAAGAAGGAACCGAUAAUGAUCAUAGAAGAGGAGGAGCAGGAGUCUUAGGAUCAGAGCAGAGGUCAUUGAUCGAGGAUCAAACAACAACAACAACACACACACACACACACACACACGUAGGCAUAUAUUAUACAUACACAUAGAGCAUAUACAAUACGCAAAAGGACGAAAAAGAGAGAGAGAGGAUCGCAGCGAAUCGGAUCCGGAGGAGAGAGCGCAUGUUUUAGGAUUAAGUAAAAAGUUUGUACAUAUUUACAACAAAACCGAUUGAUUGAAAAAGCAGCAACAAAGCAAACGCAAAAGCAAAAGCAAAAAAGAAAAAGUGUAAUUAUACAAAUAUUAGGAUUAGUUUACAACAAAUUGGAUGGAGUGCAAGUGGAGCAGUCGUUUAAGUCUAAUUAAAUUAAAUUAAAUUAAUAAAUUGUGUAAAUUUUUGUGCAAAGUGAGCAUUAGUUUAAAUUUAAAUUAUACAACAAACAACCAACAAAAAAGAAAAAUCCAAAACAAAACCCCCAUCCCCAAAAACCAGAAACAUAUAAACGGUAUACUGUAAAAUUCGCAUAUACAUAUAUAUAACACUAUAUAUAUAUUAUAUAUAUACUAUAUAUAUCUGGACGCCAAGCGCAGAACGGAAGAGAGAGAGAGAGAGAGAGCGAGAUCGGAGUAGUAUGUAGAGUUAGAUGAUGAGCGUUAGGAUCAGUUUGUUUUUAAAAAUUCAUUUUGUGUAUUCUGUUUCGUCUGUUUUCUGUAUUCGUUGUAUUGUACCUAUAUUCGUGUAAUAUCCCUAGGGCGAUUUUUGUACUUUACCCUGCAUACCCCCCCAAAGCCCAACGCCCCACCCUUCCUUCCCACUCACAUAGCCAAUUGUCAAAUAAUGAAAUACUUAAAUGAAAAUGUGUACAAAUUAAUAUAUAAUGCCUGUAAACAAAAAAGGAUAGCUUUCUGCAACACCAACAACACUCACCAACACCAACAACAAAAACAAAAACACACCACAAAAUUGAUUUUGCACGUUGAAACGAUUUUCGCUAGGCUUAAGUUUAAAAGUAAUGACAAAAAAAACAAACAAACAAAAAACAAAACAAUUAUUAAACAAUGAAAUUAUAUUUUUACCUGUGUAUUUUAAUUAGCAUAAAUUGUAUAAACGAGAAAAGUACGAUUACAAAGACGGUUUUCUAGUAAUUAUCACACAUCCACUCCCCCCAACCGACAACCCACAACCCCUAAAUAAACACACACACACACUUGCAUAUCUUUUAAGUAGUUUGGUUUUUCAUUUAGUAUUCUAUUCUAUUUUUUUUGUGUAAUAAACAAAAAACAUAUUUGCAAAAAGAGUUUUUGAUUUCUGAUUUUUCCUGCGCUCUUAAAAUCCACUUCCAACAUCCCAAAACUAGAUCCAGCCAUAUCCAUAUCCUUC